CUUGUGAUUGGUCAGUGUUUUCACUUUGUCCAAUCACAAUCCUUCUUAGAACAAAGACUUCUCCUCGGUGAAUGAAAACCACAGAAAAAGUAAACAUGGCGGCCAUCAUUUCAGAAGCGGAAGUGACGGCCGCUAUAGAACAGGCGUUUGCCGAAGAUUUUGACGACAUGGAGGAACCAGGCGCUGAAGAGACCCCAAGUGAAUCUAAAAUUGAAACCAUGAGGUGUUCUUUUGAGCCAAAAAACAAAUACGUUAGUGAUGUCGAAGACAUGAACGAGUAUGUUCUGUCGUACUUUGAAUCGUUGAAUCAUGUAAGUCGGAGAAUUAUCACCGAACAGCGCGAAGUGAUGGCCGAACAAGGCAGCGAAUGGGAUAAACUGAGUCCUGAAGAGCAGGAUAAGCUCAUAGACCAGCGUAUGGUUGGUCCUAAAGUAAGAAAACACUACUAUCUUGACGAUUCUUUUUCAACGAGAAAGCCCGUUUGGUUUCCUGUGUUAAGGCUGGCCCACGGAAUUUCGGGGUCAGAGGAGCCCUCCGCUUUCAACCCACGAGACAGCAUUGCAUCUGUCACGGAAAAUCAUAACUGUGAUGUUUAUUUAUGUUCUUUAUCUAACUUGCUCAAGAGUCAACAAGAUCUGCAGUUGUUGUUGGAAGAAGGGGAACUCGAAGAGCAACUGAAAAAUACCUUAGAAGCUGAUCUUGAAACAAUAAACACUGCAGCCAUUGCCGAGUUGAAAAAAAGAGAAUCCCAUGACUUUGACGUGGCAUCUAAAGACACAAGCCACAGUGGAAGUAUUCCUGGAUCAGAGCCAUUGUCCAGGAAGGAAUUUGUUUUUGAUGGUCUUAAAUACAGCCCUGCCAGUAGCAUGCAAGGGAGCAAAGCUAGUCUUUCUUCAUCAUUACAAAAAGGGAGUAAAGCAAGCCUCUCAUCCACAACACCUCCUAAAGGAAGUAAGGCAAGUCUCAUUUCAGAAACACGUCUGAAAGGAAGUAAAGCAAGUCUUGCUGUAGAGACUCCUCCUAAAGGGAGCAAGGCAAGCCUUGUUUUAGAAACACCUCAGAAAGGAAGUAAAGCAAGUCUUGUUGAAGAGACACCAUCAAAGGGAAGUAAGGCAAGUCUUGAACCAGAAACAGUUCCAAAAGAGGGUCAACCAACUCAUGUGUCAGAGACACAUUCAAAACAAAGUAAAGGCAGUCUUUUGUCGGAGGUAACUCCUAAAAGUACUGUGAAUGUUGAGUCAUCAUCAUUACCAAGUGAACCUUCACCUCCAAAGGAGGAAAAUGAUUCCAAAGAGGCUGCUUCAGUUGAUAUUAAAGAUGUUGAUGUUAGUGCUGGUGGAAAUUCAAACGAUCUGUUGGCUUUUCUAGUCAAUUGGUAGCUUUGUUGUACUCUUAUGUGCUGUGCAUAACAUACUUUUCCUACCAAAAUUUUGAACUUUACUAAAUUCAGAAGUACUUUUAACAAUGUUCACUCAUUAGGCAUUGUAAAUAUUGACAGCAAACUGGGUGUAAAUCAAGAACGUGAACAGCAUUUAAGCAUAAUGUACCUACCUAGCUAUAAUCUAAUCUUACAGCUUUAUUCAGGGAAUUAAAUUUUUAUGAGUUUGGAACUGUUGCACUUUAAAGUGUUGUCAGUUUUUUUUCUCAACAUAUAAGUUUCCAAUCUAAAACCAGAAAAAAUGUGAAAGUCAAGUUAAGUGUGAAAGUUGUUAUUGUUUCAAACCAGGCAUUACAGUAUACAAUGUACCCAGAGUGAAGUACAGUACCAGGGCUUGAAAAAAGUGCCGUCUCAUUGUCACAAACAAGUAGAUUUUCCUGCUGGGCAAGUAUCUUUUCAUUCUCACUUGUCCAACAGGCAAGGUUCCAGGCAAGUCAUCUGCCAACCAGAUAAGAGAAGGUAACUAAGACUUGCAGGGCAAGCAAAAUUUGAGAGCUGUCUGUACAGAGGGCGAUCUAGAAUUCAAGUUUUUUUCUAGCCCUGAGUACCAUACUAAUAUUAAGUGCUUUUAUUACUGACACAACUACUUAACACUCUUGAUAUGACCAAUAACUAAAUCAGUCAGUCAGAGUGCCCCACUGCAAGUUGAAUAACAAAUUGAAGUAUUCUCAAGUGUCGUGCAUAGUAGAGUUUCUACUGCAUGGUCUUUUUAAAAUCAUGAGUUAUUAAAGUACUUAAAAAUCAAUCUCUUAUUGACCAAGCAUGUUCCGAACUGUACUAUGUGCUAUCCCUCUGAGUUUUCUGUAUAAACCAUGCUGUUUAUAAUCCAUACUGUUUAGACCUGGGGUCACAAGGUAACAAACUCACAUUUUUUCAGAAAUCAUCUUUUGGCCACCUACAGCUAUACUUCUGUAAAAUGGUUGCCACUGAAACAAAGUGUAGCAAGUGUGAACUGACAAAGUGUAGACGUACUAGAUAAUUUUUUGUCCAUUAAGUGAAGGAAUUAGUAAAAAUAUAUAUAUUUCAAA